AUGACAGAUCUCGCAUCGAUUCUUGCUCGUCGACGAGCAGCAACAGAUGAGAACGACGAGUCUACAUGGGAUGAGCAGGCCCUUCUUUCGAGAGCAAGUGCCAGCAGAACGACGAAGGAAGCGAAACCUGCGUCAAUCUCGGUCAAAGAGAAGCUAUCUCUCUUCAAUAAUAGCAGCAGCAGCAGCAGCAGCAGCAGCAGCAGUUCAGAAUCACCUGGAGGCAGUCAGACGCAUGAAGGAGGCAAAGGCUGCCCAACGGAUUUGUCGCGUCUGCUCGCCCAGAGAAGGUUGAAGGUGGACAGCUCGAUCGUCAGCAAUGAGCUCUUGGACAUUCCUGAUAUCGAUAGCCAUGGUCGUGGAAGACCACUGAGAAAUGCUGAAGGCAUGCAGAAGGUGAUGGAGGCAAGGCGAGCGCACAUUGAGCAGAUGGAAGCUGCCUUCAAAGACAAGAAAGGUUUCGACGUCGAAGAAGCCGCCGACAUAGCGCUUGCAAAGGGAUCACACUUGGUGAGAGAGAUCGAGAGAAAGAGAUUGUGA